AUGGGAGAACGGUUCUUCCGAAAUGAGAUGCCGGAAUUUGUACGGGAAGAAGCCGGAGAAGAUGAAACGGUUUCCGAAAGCAAAGGAACGCUGAAGAAACUGCUAUCACUUCCGUACAGAUCGUUCUCCGAGAAGCUUCGGAGAUACGCUCUAAGCCUCAAAGAUACGGUAGUGAGGGAGACAUGGGAACGAUCUGGAAAACGUGUUGGAGACUAUACUCUGUACACUGGAGUUCUCGGGACAGCUUACCUCUUGUUCAAAUCCUAUCAGGUGACAAGAAACGAGGAAGAUCUGAAGCUAUGCUCAGAGAUUGUUGAGUCUUGUUAUGUGGCUUCAAGAGAUUCUGAGCGAGUGACAUUCAUAUGUGGGCAAGCUGGUGUAUGUGCUCUUGGUGCUGUUGCAGCUAAGCAUUUCGGUGAUCACCAGUUACAGGAUCGUUACUUAUCCCGUUUCCAUGAGAUUACGCUUCCUAGUGGUUUGCCAUACGAGUUGCUAUACGGUAGAGCAGGAUACUUGUGGGCAUGCUUGUUCUUGAACAAGCAUGUAGGGAAGGAGAGUGUAUCAUCUGCAAGAAUGAGAUCCGUGGUUGAAGAAAUCUUCAGGGAAGGAAGACAACUCGGGAAGAGAGGAGGAGGUUGUCCGUUGAUGUACGAGUGGCACGGGAAGAGGUACUAUGGUGCGGCUCACGGUUUAGCCGGGAUCAUGAACGUCUUGUUGCAUAUGGAGCUUGAACAAGAUGAGAUCCAAGAUGUCGCCGGUACACUAAGCUACAUGAUUCGAAACCGUUUCACAAGCGGAAACUACCCAUCAAGCGAAGGAAGCGAAUCGGAUCGACUUGUUCACUGGUGUCACGGUGCUCCUGGUGUUGCUCUCACACUCGUUAAGGCAGCUCAGGUUUUUAGGACACAGGAAUCUGUAGAGGCGGCGAUGGAGGCAGGAGAAGUCGUGUGGAACCGUGGAUUGCUUAAACGAGUAGGAAUCUGUCAUGAGAAGCUCAUCUCAGAAGGUGAAAUGCAUGGAGGAGAUAGACCACUCUCUCUCUUUGAAGGUGUAGGAGGAAUGGCCUACAUGUUUCUCGACAUGAACGACCCAGCUCAAGCUCUGUUUCCAGGUUAUGAGCUCUAA